GCAGUGUUUUGGUUCCUUAUUGGCAAUGUUCUUGUAAUCAUUUUCCGCACACCCAUAUGUCUAACAAGAAUCAUUUCCAAGACCAUGUAACACAUACUCUUUGCUCCCUCAACAUUCAGGUUAAUGUUUAACACAGACAGACUUGCGUCGGUCCGGGCAAGCCCUGUUAAUGCUUGGGCGGUGACAGGCAUGCAGAUAAGUUCUUGCAGAUCCGAGAGAGCACAGAGAGCCGUUGGACGUUCAAGACCGCGGCCAAGAUGCCAAAGAUCGCCUCGUCUAAGGGUUUUGCCGCCGCGUUUGUCGUUCUGGCGCUGUCUGUCAUUGGCGGCAUCGUCACUAUGAUCAUUAUGUACAAGACUGAGAUCUCAACCAUGAACCCCACACCUCGUCCGACCUAUCCGUCCACGACCCUGGCACCGCCGCCUGAAAUGCGUCUGCCAACGAGUCUGGUCCCGGAAAACUACAACAUCUUUCUAAAAAUGGAUCUCUACUCCCAAAUCGUGGAAGAGGUGAAUGUCACGACUCCCAACCAAACCCUGCUGUUCUCCGGUACCUCCUUGGUACGCUUCCUUUGUGUGGAGAAGACCAAGAGCAUCUUCGUUCAUAGUCUGGACCUGCUGAUCUCUGACGCUGUGGUAAAGAACGAAGGCGAGAACAAAGAGAUCAGGAUUCUGAGCAUGAAGCAUCACCAAGACCAAAGUGACUUCCUGGAGUUUGAGUUGAAUGAAGCGCUGGAGGAAGGAAGGACCUACAGCUUGUUUGUGUCCUUCAGUGGAAACAUGUCAGACGAGCUCCACGGACUUUAUGUCGGCACCUACGAUGAACGUCAUGCACGCUCUCAAAGUCCAACACACAGAUUUCUCGCCAGUACAAACCUGCAGCCGACGGCCGCCAGACGAGUGUUUCCUUGUUUUGAUGAGCCUCAAUUCAAAGCCGUCUUCGACGUCACCAUCAUUCACAGAAGAAAGAUGACAGCGCUUGGAAACGCGGAAUCGUCCGGCUCGGAUAAAUUAGACGAGGACUGGAUGGAGACUCGUUUCCAUUCAACACCAAAGAUGUCAACCUACCUUUUGGCGUUCACCGUGUCAGAGUUGAAGGCCUCCCCCGCGGCACAUGAGCGUGUCAUUAUUCAGAUAUUUGCUCGACCAGAGGCCAGAGGAGCCACCGUAUAUGCAGCAAACAUCACUGGACCUAUACUCAAGUUCUACGAGAAGCGCUUUGAAAUUAAUUACCUUCAGAAAAAGCUAGAUCAAGUUGCGCUGCCCGAUUUAUCGGGCGCGGCGGUGGAAAACUGGGGACUGAUCACGUACGACGAGGGCGUCCUGCUGUACGAGUCGGGCGUGUCCUCACUCCUGCACAGGGAAACAAUCUCCUACUCCAUCGCACGUCAGCUGGCUCACCAGUGGUUUGGAAACUUGGUGACCAUGAAAUGGUGGAAUGAAGUUUGGCUAAAAGAAGGCUUUGCCACGUACAUGUCAUCGCAGGCAUUGGACGACGUGGAACCCACCUUCAAAGCCGGUGAAAUGAAUAUCAUGAGUGAACUCCAUGCAGCCCUUGAGCAGGACGCGCUGGCUUCUUCCCAUCCUCUCAGCGUCCCACACGGAGAUGUCCUGUCCACUCCGCAGAUCACGGCCUUACUUGAUGAUCUCACCAACUACAAGGGAGCUGUUGUGCUGAGAAUGCUGGCAGACGCUGUGGAUCAAAGAGUUUUCAACAAAGGGGUUCAACAAUAUCUCAGCGACUUCAAGCAUGGGAACGCCGACCAGAAUGACCUUUGGAAGUGCAUUCAAAAGGCUGUUCACGAGGAGGGGGGCCACACCGACGUGACCACCUUGAUGGCGACAUGGACCGAACAAAUUGGAUUUCCUGUCGUCACCAUCAACACCACAGACGGAGAAGUCUACCAGAAGCACUUCCUGUUCAACACGUCUUUGGAAUCCAGUCUGUGGUGGUUCGUCCCAAUCCGAGUGUCGUCAAAUACAUCCGCAACGUCUCUGGUGUGGCUGGAAAACGACAAGACAGUUAAGAAAGACCAAUUCGUCUCGAAGCAUGGAGAGUGGAUCCUGGCCAAUGUUGGUUGUGUCGGAUACUACCGGGUCAAUUACGACCCAAAGAACUGGGACCGCCUCCUCACACAGCUGCAAUCGAACCCCCAGCGCAUCCCAGUGAUGAACCGAGGGCAGCUUAUCGACGACGUCUUCAAUUUGGCAAGAGCCAACUUGGUGGAUGUGACUCUGGCUCUGAAUUUUACGGGGUUUCUUCGUAACGAGACAGACUACAUACCCUGGCAGUCAGCAGUUUGGAAUUUUGAGUACUUUGUUCUCAUGUUUGAUCGCUCAGAGGUGUACGGACCAAUGCAGGCUUAUAUCCGGGAUCAAGUUAAAGGUUUCUAUGGCUUCUUCAGGAAUCUCACUGACCACUCUGCUGUUCCACAGGAUCAUUACCAACAGCACAGCCAGAUCACGGCCAUCGAUGUUUCCUGUUCCAACGGACUGCCAGAGUGCGUCCACAUGGCGACAACCAAGUUCCACGACUGGAUGAACAGCAACUCCAGUGAAAACAAUAUCCACGCCAACUUGCGGUCUGUUGUCUACUGCCAAGCCGUGGCUGCAGGCGGGGAAAAGGAGUGGGAGUUUACUUGGAACAAGUUCCAGAGCAGCAAGGAAAGCUCAGAAAAAGACCAACUUCGCCGAGCUCUGUCCUGCACCAAGGAAAUCUGGUUGCUCAGCAGAUAUCUAGAGUACACUUUGGACCCUGAGAAGAUUCGACUGAGGGACGUCACUUCCACUAUCAGCGACAUUGCCAGGAAUGUCGCCGGACAUGGACUGGCCUGGAACUUUUUGAGAGCAAACUGGGACUACAUCAGUCAGGGAGGCGGAGCCAAGCUGAUAGACCGCGUGACCAGGAGGUUCUCCACAGCGUUCGAACUGGAGGAGUUGGAGAACUUUGCCACCAACAACGAUCUGGGUUCUUCUUCCCGGGCGUUGGACCAGGCCAUUGAGAGGACCAAAGUCAACAUCCAGUGGGUGGCUGACAACAAGGCGACCAUAGUGGACUGGUUUCGAAGCAGAUCCGACUCGGCUUGCCCUCCUGGGGGUUCUUCAGACCACCAAGCACCGACAUGAAAGCCUUUUUCAGGGUUACGAUAUUUUUUAAUUUUUCAAUAAAGUCUCUCAGUU